AUAUAUAAGAGCUUGGAGUUGGGAUUGGGACACACACUUGGGAAGCGCCCGCGAGAAAAAAACAUGCGAGUCUGGAGUAAACAAGCAUCCCGAGCGCUUUACAGCAUCGUUGCGACUUCACCAUCAUCAUUCGCUUCUUCAUCUUCAUCUUCAUCUUCAUCUUCAUCUUCAUCUUGUUCUUUGAUAGCAAGAGCCCUCACCACUUGGCGGCAAUCACACCCUCUGAUCCAAUCUCCCCAUCAUGCAUUCGGGGCCGUCCUCGAGUGUCCAUGGUCCGCCACGCAGCUCCGCGGUGCCAAGUUCCGCGGCUCCGAUGUCAAACCCGGAAACGUCAUUGAAAGAAAAGGCAAAAUUUAUCAGGUUGUAAAAGCACAGCACACAGUGCAAGGAAGGGGGGGUGCAUGCAUACAGGUGGAGCUUCGUGAUAUUGACAGCGGGAACAAAAUAAAUGAAAGGCUUCGUACAGAUGAGGCUAUUGAAAAAGUAUUUGUUGAAGAAAAGCCCUAUACAUACUUGUAUACUGAGGAUAACUUUGUGGUGCUAGCGGAGCCUAAAACAUAUGAUCAGUUGGAUGUGCCCAAGGACUUGUUUGGUGAAGCUGCUGUGUAUCUAAAAGGCCUUGGAUCCUUGCUUGUAAACCCCACACCCGAAGAGCUAUAUAACAUGACAGUCACCGUGCAGCUUUAUGAUGAAAGACCGAUGUCUGCAUCGGUCCCUGAACGGGUGACAUGCAAAGUUGUGGAAGCGCAGGUUCCUAUGAAGGGGAUUGCAGCCACUCCACAUUAUAAAAAAGUUCUUCUGGACAAUGGUCUCACUGUUCAGGUACCAGCACAUGUCUUAGCUGGUGAUCAGAUUGUUGUCAAUACUUCUGACAACUCAUAUAUUACCAGGGCAUAGAAGUGUACUAUAUCCUCUUCCAGAUUAGCAGAGAGUGCUAUUCAGCAUUUUUGUGUCACUCUUUACGACUAUAUCAUUGUCCAGCUUUUGCUUAUGAGACAGACGAGGAAGAUUGGUUUAAAUUUAAAUGGAGACAUUUAUUGAGGUUUGGUAGUAUUUUUUUUAUAGAAUUGAGAUUUCUGGCACACAUACAUACUAUAUAUUAUUGUUUGCUAACAAUGGAUGUGGAAUGGGGAAUAAGAAACAAUCAAUUCAGUUCUAUAUAUAGAGGUUAGGAUUGAAGUUUUGAACUGU